AUGUCGGAGAGCGACCGUGCCUCGUUCGCCGCUUAUGAUGUAGAGCUUUGCGAUCGUGGCGGGGUGCACAAGCUGCAGGCGGCCUUUGCGAUGGCGGAGCUGGCGCGAAAGGCGAAGCUCGAGAAGAUGCAGGCGGCGUGGUGCGCGCGCGAGGCCGACAUCGACGCACGCCUCAAGGACGCAAACGACGUGCUCGCACGCACGCUGCCGGCGGACCGCGAGGCGGCGCAGAUGUCGGUGGACGUGAUCAAGGAGGAGCGGCGCAAUUUCUAUACGGCGCAAAGGAAGGAGAAGGUGCAGCUCGAGGGCAAGGUGCGCAAGAAGUUUAAGGCGGCACUCGCGGUGACGGCGGCUCGCGACCCCAUUGCCGAGAGGGCUAAGGCAACAGCGAAGGCAGCAAUUGCCUCGGUGCUUGCCGCGUAUAAGGACAAGGCGGCUGUGUAA